AUGCAUGGUCGUGGGAACCCUCAAGACCGGGCCAUAUUGUACGGUUGUGAAAGUGACGACGUUGCCGCUUCCUGGAAGACUGGCAUCGAGUCCAAGGAGCUGGCCGCAUCACCUUUCAGCCAUCUUCCAAUUCUUGGAUAUGUCACGUCGGGUGGAUUCUCGCUUCAACUUGGUCGCGGGCAUGGAAUCGCUGUUGUUGGCCUGAAGCGUCUGAUUGAAAUGAGCAAAAUAUGUCAAGGCAAGUUUGAUGGCUCGAUGGCUACCAGUGCCCUGGUACUCUUGCAUUGA